AUCAGCAUUUUAGCAUUCUAGAUGGCUGUUAAAAAGCUUUUUAUAACUUUUACUGUGAUCGCUCUACUUUGUCGAUUCUCAGACGGGGACGAUUCGACAAGUGACCCUUUAGUGGUUCAGACUUUAGCCGGUGCCGUUCGGGGUAGAUUGAAUCCGGUUGUGCACGGCUUACAAGUGCGACAAUUCCGAGCUAUUCCGUACGCUCAGCCUCCGGUAGGAAAGCUUCGAUUUGCUGCCCCUCUGCCGGCGAAGCCAUGGUCAGGUGUGAGAGAUGCGACCCAGCACGGCCCGGUCUGCCCGCAGUUGCCCGAUGAAGAAUUUGGUAAAAUGCUAGGACUAGAUCUUCCACCUGGGAAGACUAUCGAAAAUAAUCCACAGAGCGAAGACUGCCUGACAAUAAGCGUAUACACUCCACAAAACAGCGACCCCGACAAGCAGAGAGCCGUCAUGGUGUUUAUACACGGGGGCGGUUUUACCUCGGGGGCUUCUCGCGAUUACGACCCCUCUGUGUUAGUGGCCCUUAAUGACGUCAUCGUUGUUACUAUCAACUACCGUCUAGGAGUCCUUGGCUUUUUCAAUAUCCCGGAUACAGAGUACAAAGGCAAUUAUGGUCUGCUUGAUCAGGUUCUCGCACUUCAGUGGGUCCAACAGAACAUCGCAAGUUUUGGCGGGAAUCCCAAGAGUGUUACUAUAUUUGGCGAGAGCGCUGGUGGCAUGAGCGUCUCCCUUCACCUCCUCUCCCCCCUUAGUAAGGGUUUGUUCCACCGCGUGAUAGCUCAAAGUGGCUCGGCUGUCACCGAUUCUUUUGUCGGUCACUAUGUGAAGACCACGGCUCUACUUGAGGUGUUUUCCAAGGCGGUGGGCUGCCCUUUCGACGACAAGCUUGUGGAUUGUCUUAGGAUUACAAGCUCCGAGGACGUUUUUGCAGCACAAAGCAAUGUUUCGUAUCCCAAUAAUGUUGGCGCUCAACUACUGACGACACCAGUUAUCGACAAGCACUUUCUUCCUGAUAAGGCCAGGAGAUUACUGGGAGAGGGGAGGGUGAACAAAGCAGAUGUGAUGCUAGGAGUGACUGCCAACGAGGGAGCUCUUCUCGCGAUGAUGACCCCAGGGCGAAUAAAGGGUGGUCUUACAUUGCAAGAGCUCCACCAGGUGAUUGAGUAUGGGCUUGACACGUGUCCACCCGACAACACAAUGUGUAAAGAAGCCAUAAAAUUUGAGUACCAAGACCACAGGGACCCCAACAAUAGCGUCACAAACCGACAGCUAUAUAUGGACUUAUACUCGGACUCUAUGUUUAUUGCGCCUGCUAUUUUCGAGGCCAACGCCCUUGCAAGUGCUGGUCAUGCGACAUUUAUGUACAAGUUUGAGAACCUUCCAGAUUUCUUUGCUCUUCCCCCGUAUUGUGCAAGUGUGCAUGGGAUAGAUAUUCCCUACACAUUCGGAUUUCCGCUGACCCUUGGCGAGAGUUCGCCUCUGUUUGCGAGCCUCGUUAGGCGCCACUCUGAGCGGGAGAAGGGUUUGUCUAUGUACAUGAUGAAGACCUGGGCUGACUUUGCUAAGCACGGGGAUCCUAAUCAUGAUGGAGAUGCUCCAGUCCCUUGGCCACGGUACAACACCACCGCGCAGGCGCAUUUGGUCAUCGCACACGAGCCGAGAGUCGAGUACAAGUUCCGCGCGGAGAAGGUCGCAUUUUGGAACGAGUUUAUCCCGAAACUGACCAAGUUGGUGCAGACGAGUGAUCGAUCAGGCGGAUACUAUGGGAAAUCCCAGAAAGACGAGUUUUGAAAAUCUACCGAAGAUGCUUUUUUUUGCAACGGCUGUUCAAAAUAAAUUGAUGAACAAGCUGACAACAUAACAUAAACAACAACAAAACAAGAUGCCAAACACUUUGUUCAUUUUGUGCCGAGCUUUUGCGGGUCGCUCGUUGCAAAGCUUUUCAAGUUAAAAACAUCACUUGGCUGUAUAAUCGUGGAAGUGUUUAGAAACUUGUUAUUUAGGUUAAACAUCGAAAAAAUGGGAGACAGCCUUGCAGCUAUCUGAUUACAAUAAACGUCUUCUAUAAUAUUAAAA